CGUCGCUGUUGUCAGGUCCUUUUCAAAUCGUUAUUAGGAUAAUAUAUUAAGUCUGCUCGACAAUAUCACGCUCAUUGUGGUUCAAAGCGUCAGGUACGGAAGCUAAACAUGCAAUCCGUAAAACUCAAUGUCGGCGGUCAUUACUACACAACAAGUCUUCAAACACUGACUAAAGAUCCAAACUCCAUGUUGGCUGCCAUGUUCUCAGAGACAUUUGAAACGAAACCUUCUGAAGACGGUGCUUUCUUUAUCGACCGAGAUGGAACUCACUUUCGGUUUAUACUCAAUUAUCUUCGCACUGGGAAAUUAACUUCACCAGAAGGAGAGGCAGCUCUUAAGGAACUGCAGGAAGAAGCUGAGUUUUAUCAGAUCGAAGGCCUGAUAGAGAAAUUAAAGGUAAAUCCGGAGAGUUUAACAAGCGUGAAACUGAAUGUAGGCGGCCACCACUUCACAACAAGUCUUCAAACACUGACCAAAGAUCCAAACUCAAAGCUUGCCACCAUGUUUUCAGGAAAAGUGAACAUGAAACUUGCUGAAGACGGUGCUUUCUUUAUCGACCGAGAUGGAACUCACUUUCGGUUUAUACUCAAUUAUCUUCGCACUGGGAAAUUAACUUCACCAGAAGGAGAAGCAGCUCUUAAGGAACUGCAGGAAGAAGCUGAGUUUUAUCAGAUCGAAGGCCUCAUAGAGAAAUUAAAGGUAAAUUCGGAGAGUUUAACAAGCGUGAAACUGAAUGUAGGCGGCCACCACUUCACAACAAGUCUUCAAACACUAACUAGAGACCCAAACUCGAUGCUGGCCGCCAUGUUCUCAGGGAAGUUUCCAAUGGAACCUCAUGGAGACGGCGCUUUCUUCAUCGACCGAGAUGGAACUCACUUCCGGUUUAUACUUAAUUAUCUUCGCACUGGGAAGCUAACUUUUCCAGAAGGAGCCACAGCUCUCGCGGAAUUUAAAGAGGAGGCUGAUUUUUACCAAAUUCAGGGGAUUUUAGGCGAGUUAGAUGACACAAGGCUGAAGUCGGAGAUUUUGACAGACGGAGUACACCGAAGCAUUCUGGUCAGCUGGUUGCCUCCUAAGGGAGAGAUAGGCAGAAGACGUCGCUAUCGUCUUCUGUUCCGAGCUUCUCGAGAUGGUUUCUCAGCUGCGACUUUUCACUCCAAAUGUGACGACAAAGGACCAACAAUAACCAUUGUGCAGAGUGGAGACAACAAAUUUGGUGGCUUUACAGAUAGCUCUUGGGGGAGAGAUAGUGACGAAAAUUGUAGAGAGGCAUUCUUGUUUAGUAUGGUCAACCCAUAUGGCUCUGCACCAACUAAAAUGUCGUUACGUCCUGACCCAGAGGUGAGUUGGAGCGGCAGACCAGGAGGAAAAAGCUCCAAUCUGCCGAUUCUAGUUGGCAUUUUACCUGAAGCACAAAGUGGACCAGCAUUUGGUUCGCGACAGGAAGAUACUUUUCGGCGAUACGACCUGCUCAUCUCAGGCAACGCUAACGUAAGGGCUUCAAGUUCUGAAAGCCUUGGCGCGUCAUAUCAGUGCCCUGAAGGACAUAAGGGAACUUUCUUCACAGGGAAAAGAUCUUUCAUGGUAUCAAAUUAUGAAGUGUUCGAGGUCUUUAAUUGACAUAAGGUAAUUUUUCGAAGAUAGAAACGAUGUAGGCGCCCCUCCCCCCCCCCCCCCAUUACCUUAUUUAGGACUUAAAAGCGUGACAAUAGCAACAUGUGUUUUCAAAAUGGGUUUAAUAAGGGCACGAUAUUAACACUUGUGAAUUGAAGGAAACACGCAUUAGUUUCGAAAUACACAACGACUAGUUCAAACUACUUUAAAAAUAGAAAAUCAAAUUGCUAAAGUUAAGAAUUCCUGGGAUGCUUUCAAAAUAAAAAAUAAUCUCGUUUUAAUAGUCUUUUUUUAUUAG